AUGAUACUUUUAUACGUCACAGGCACUUCUUCAGGAAAUGCUUCAGGUAGCUCAACCGCGGGUACAUUAUCAACAACAAACGAAUCAUCUGAAACUAGACAAUCAGGAGGAGAUAACCCACUGGCUAAAAUUCAACUGGGCAAGACAACUAUAAUCAUAGGCGACACUUCUGGUUCUCAAAGUGUUGUUUCAUCUGGACAAGGAGGAACAGCUACUACUUCGGGAUCCACAGAAGCCAAUACUAAAGACGGAGGCAAAUCUUCGAAAUUAACAUCUCAGACCUCAGGCACUUCUUCAGGGAAUGCUAAAGCUGGCUCGACCUCUGGGGGUUCAACACAAGUAAUCAAUAUAAGCGACACCGGUGAAAUAACAACUGGCAAGGAACAAACUGGCAAGGGUAGCCAACCUGAACCGAGCCCGUCACCAAAGAGCACAGAAGGCCAAGGAGGACAGGGAUCACAGGGUAACCAACCUGAACCAAGCCCGUCACCAAAGAAAACAGAAGCACAAGGCGGAUCUGAAGGUAGUCAACCAGAAUCGAAUGAAAACGUUCCAGGGAAGAAAGUAGUGACAACCAUUACUACUUCAUCUGGAUCUACAAGCGUUGCGACGGCUGGACAAGGAGGGUCAGCUACUUCAUCAGGCUCCUCAGAAGGUAGCAAGCAUUAA